AUGGAUAGGUGUUUCAUCAGAGGCGAGCUGCGUUGUCACGCUACCUUGUCCUAUGUUGCUCGGGCCACCCUUCAAAUCGAGCAAAAUGGGCCGAAGGGGGCCGCAGGGACAUACAAAUGGGGGUUGAGAAGAACGAAGCGAAAAGGCUCCGCUGUCAGCGGUGAGAGCGAGGUACAUUGCCGUCUUGGAAAUCAUCAGCCCCGAGAUGUCUCCGAACGCGUAAGUGGGCCGCAAGUGCUGUAG